UCAGAGAUCAGCUGAACUUUGUGUGUCACAUUUCAUGCCAUUAUUUCGAGGUUUCAAGAUGUCUGCAGACAGAAUACAAAGAAUGAGAAGAGAGAAAGGAUUUGCAUGGAUCGGAUCAGCCAAAAGUAACGGGAAAGCAAAACGACGCUGUAAUAAACAUUAUGAAGGAUUCCAUCUUCCAGGAAUUGGUGUAAUCAAGGUGGGGGACCAUGUCCUUAUAGAAGGGGAGUCAGAUGAGAGUUUUGUGGCUCUUAUUGAAGACCUCUUUGAUAAUGGACAAGAGGAUACCGAUGACCCUCGUAGGGCCAAGGUCCAGUGGUAUAUGCGCCCCUCAGAAUUGCCCAAGACAAUUGCCCGGAAGCUGCCCUCAGCGCCCCUCUCCAGGGAGAUCUACAAAUACAACCAGUCUAAAGGAGCGUCUACAGAUGUGGAGAUCGAUGCAGAGACCAUUAUUGGAAAAUGUGUGGUUGAAACAGUAGAAAUUGACAGCGAUCUACCAGAUGAGAAGGAAAACCAAGGGAUACCAGUCCUUUAUGCUCGCUAUGGCAUCAAUGUAACCACUGUGACACCUCUUAUUGAACCUGAGAGUGAAGAAGAAGAAGAAGAGGAAGAGGAAGAAGAGGAGGACGAAGAAGAAGAAGAGGAGGACGAAGAAGAAGAGGAAGAGGACUCAGAAGAAGAAGAGGAGGAAGUGAAGAAAGUGGUCAAGAAGAGCUCUCAAAAAGUGAAUUUGAAGCCAGUCAAUAAAGGUCUUACACCUAGGAGGAAUCAAACCUUCACUGCGGACGAAGUAUGGGAUAUGUUUUCAUCUGAUGACGACAUGUCGCCAUGGAAACAAACAAAGAAGAGCCAUUCCAAGAAGCCUGCAGUAUCAACAAAGAAGGAAUCCUGGAAAGUUGGCAGUGUCAGUCGUUCGGGUGGUAGAAUAAAUCUCAUUGGAAUCAAACCUAAAGUUCUUGAGGGCUUGGAGAUGGAAGAGAAGAUGACUCGUGGAGGACGACUAAUAAAACCAACUCCCAAGAUGAGCGUUGCCAAGGAAACAAAAGCACAAAGCAAGUCAACAUCAAAGAAGCAACUGCCUACCACUCCCAUUCAGAAGUCCAAGGUGGUAAAGACACCAAAGACCGUUGGAGGUCGAGUUGGUCGACAUCCAAGGUUGAAUCAUUGAGGAAGACCCAGAGCUGUAUGAAGGAGAGCGUGAAGCAGAAAAAUAACGCAUCCACACUCAGGAGGAGGAAAUUGACAUAUUAUGAGGAGGAAGAUGA